CGCAGUCCCGUCUACAAAGCUGCAAGCGAAACUCCUUCGUGAUGUAUACGCUGAAGCGAACAUUGACCCGACGCAAAUACACUACGUCGAGGCUCACGGUACCGGCACUAAAGUAGGAGACCGUCACGAGCUGGCGGCCCUAAGCAGUGUCUUCUGUCAACCGGCACGCAAACGACCACUCAAGGUUGGAUCCGUAAAGAGCAAUGUGGGACACUCCGAAACAGCUUCUGGUAUUUGCUCUGUUGCUAAGGUUAUCUUGGCUAUGGAGACUGGCACCAUCGCGGGUAACCUACACUUUAAAGAGGCCAGUCCUGACAUUCCAUCGCUGCUCGAUGGCAUCAUCGAGGUUGUGGACAAAGCGACACCGUUUGAGGGAGGUCCUGUCGGUAUCAACUCGUUCGGCGUCGGUGGCGCCAAUGCGCACGCAAUUCUUGAAGCGAACCCAGGACCGCACGUGGACAGCUUUGUACGAGAGAAGCAAGAGCUGCCGAGGCUAGUUUUUAUGGCCGGACGAAGCAAGGAAUCGCUUGCGAUGACUAUGAACCGCAUGGAAGCUGAGGGGCCGUACCCGGAUUCGGCCUACGCUCUCUUGAAUUUCGUCGGCCAGCCCAGCGUGAUGCAAUUCCCGUUCCGGGGAUUUAUGCUGUUGCCCGUGGAUGGUUCCGACAAGCAGGUCGUCAAGAUAGUCGAGCCGGCUGCUGUCAAGGAGCGGCCUCUUUGGUUCAUUUUCACAGGCCUUGGAUGUCAGUGGAGAGGAAUGGCACGGCAGAUGAUGGAGUUUGAUGUAUUUGCACGAUCACUAAACAAGUCGCACCAGGUCCUAUCCCAAUUCUCCAUUGACCUGAUUAGGGAAGUAGCGCUGGUAGAUGUGCUUUUCGCCGUAGGUCUUCGGCCGGACGGCAUAGUGGGUCACUCGUUGGGCGAGAUCGCCUGCGCCUACGCGGACGGAUGCUUGACGGCCGAGCAGACCGUGAUGUGUGCUUACUGGCGAGGCCGCUGCGUGGAACUGGGCGACUUGCCGAAGGGAUCCAUGGCGGCCGUAGAAUGCCCCGACCACCCCCCUCCCCCCCGCCUUAAGGGUGUGGAGCUUUGGGGGGCUGCCCUAGGCAGCUCCGAGCCUGGUCUGCAGGACGACGUCCUGCGCUGGGCCGUGGAGGUGAUGGGGCUCCACCACGAGUAG